AUUCCAAAAUUUUAGUUUGUUGAUAUAUUAUUAUUAACAUUUUUGGCACUUUAACAUAAAUAAUGGAAUCUACUGUAAAUGAUCCACUUGCAAAAAUCAACAAAAAUUUAAAUAAGGAACAAAAGUUUUUAAAGAAAAAUGAAAAAGUUUUUGACCUCGAUGCGUACCCACAACCCAUUAAGGUUUGCUCAGAUGAACUUACGUCAGGUACCGAUGUUGCAGAGUCUAUACUGAGUGAGAAUCUAUUACAAAAUUUAUAUGAUAUGAAAUCCAACUUAAAGUAUAUGGAUGAACAAAUGAAUCGUAUAGAAAAUAGAUUUUGUGAGUUCGGAAAAUCUGAUAUUAAACAAAUACCUACAAUAGAUGGAAAGAAAGGAAAGAAAGAAUCCAACGAAACUAAACAACCGCAUGAAAACAACCAUCAUCUGAAGGCAAGUGAUAUCACACUUAACUCUUCACAAUUUUUAGAGAAGUCGCGUUUAAAUGAGCAUAUUCUUGGAAACUUCCAGUUUUGUGAUAAUUUCAAUAAUACGAGCUCUGGAAUACCAACACAACAUAAUUUUCUACCACAUGCUGAAGAGUUGGCUAACAAGUCUCAGGAAAAAGCUCAAUCAUAUGAGAGUUUCACUAGGCUUAAUUGCGGUAUUUCAGCUACACACUAUUGGUCUCCAUUUGUUAAAAAAACUGCAGUUGACAAAAGUGCACCAAGACAGAAAUUACGUGUACCUGAACACUGGCGCCAAAAUUUACAUCGCAAGUUAAGACCAUCUUUAUGUGAUGCAGAUAAUGAAAAAUAAUUUUAUAUGUAUUUAAUAAUUAAAACAGUAGAUCUCCAUAAGCAAAAUUUCUGAUUUUCUAUAUCAUAGGAAAUCAAGUAAUAAAAAAAUUGAUUACAAGCUCAAUUCCUCAAUAA